AUGUCACCUGCUGAGAAGGCUUCUAGGGGUGACCCAGGAUCCCUAGAUGUUUGUCUGCCUCCAGCAGUCCCUGAAGCCUCAGCUCCAGUCCAAAACCCCCUCAUCCCUCAGAGCCAAAAACAUCUUGCUUCUCAGCCCCUCUUUGCUCCAUCUCCACCUUCUUUAGAGUCCCCCAUUCCCAGCUCCAGGCAAAAUGGGAGUCAGGAAGCUCUGGAGAAUCCCUUGUCCUCAAAGCUGGACCCUCUUCAUGCAAAACCCAAAUGCAGGUCCCAGGGUUGUUCCAGGAUGACAUCUUCUCCAGCUUCUUCUAUAGCCCCUGGGGUCUACCCUCUCACCUCCAGAGAGCAGCCUGUCACUCCUGCACCCAAAUCUCGGGCCACUCGGGGCAGGACACACAGGGCCUCUGUCAAGACCCUUGAACCGACUGUCCCCACAGCCCCUGACCUUGAACCUCCGGCCCCUGCAGAGCAGCCUGUCACCCCUGUACCCACACCUCGGGCCACUCGGAGCAGGACAUACAGGGCCUUUGUCAAGACCCCUGAACCGACUAUCCCCACAGCCCCUGACCUUGAACCUCCGGCCCCUGCAGAGCAGCCUGACACCCCUGCACCCACACCUCAGGCCACUCGGAGCAGGACACACAGGGCCUCUGUCAAGACCCCUGAACCGACUGUCCCCACAGCCCCUGACCUUGAACCUCCGGCCCCUGCAGAGCAGCCUGUCACCCCUGCACCCACACCUCGGGCCACUCGGGGCAGGACACACAGGGCCUCUGUCAAGACCCCGGAACCGACUGUCCCCACAGCCCCUGACCUUGAACCUCCGGCCCCUGCAGAGCAGCCUGUCACCUCCAGAGAGCAGCCUGUCACCCCUGUACCCACACCUCAGGCCACUCGGAGCAGGACGUACAGGGCCUCUGUCAAGACCCCUGAACCGACUAUCCCCACAGCCCCUGACCUUGAACCUCCGGCCCCUGCAGAGCAGCCUGUCACCCCUGUACCCACACCUCGGGCCACUCGGAGCAGGACACACAGGGCCUCUGUCAAGACCCCUGAACCAACUGUCCCCACAGCUCCUGACCUUGAACCUCCGGCCCCUGCAGAGCAGCCUGUCACCCCUGUACCCACACCUCAGGCCACUCGGGGCAGGACACACAGGGCCUCUGUCAAGACCCCUGAACCGACUGUUCCCACAGCCCCUGACCUUGAACCUCCGGCCCCUGCAGAGCAGCUUGUCACCCCUGUACCCACACCUCGGGCCACUCGGAGCAGGACACACAGGGCCUCUGUCAAGACCCCUGAACCUGUCCCCACAGCCCCUGACCUUGAACCUCCGGCCCCUGCAGAUCAACCUGUCCUCCCUGAGCCCACAUCUCAGGCCACUCGGGGCAGGACACACAGGGCCUCUGUCAAGACCCCUGAACCAACUGUCCCCACAGUCCCUGAACUUAAACCUCCAGCCCCUACAGACCAGCCUGUCACCCCCAAGGCCAUAGCUCAGGGUGGUCAGAGCAGGACACUGAGGUCUACAAGAAGUACUGUGCCAGUUCCUACUGCUCCUGAAUUCCAGUCUCCUUUCCCCACAGACAAGCCUAGUCCCCCAGAGGCCAUCCCUCAAGCCAAUUGUAGCAGGAGGCCAAGGGUUGCUAGGCAGCCCCUCGCAGCUCCCAUUGUCUGUGAACCCUGCUCUGCACCCCUUGAACCUAAUGCCUGGUCCUCACGGAGCCAAAGGCGAGGAGCAAUGAGAGCAACCAAGUCCCUUAAGACCAUUCCUGAGCCUGCCCUUGCCCAGCUUCCUGGGGCACCCACUCAUGCUCUCCAGGUUCAAAAGGUAGAGGCAACAGGUGGAUAUGAGUUCAGCCCAGAGUCCCAGCGUAAGGCCUUUCAAAACCACAAGAGGCCUUCAGAUACCGUGGAUUCACCCCCACUUCCAAAACGGCUGCGAAGAGAAGUCCCUCAGAAAACAGUGUUCCUCAAGGAAGAAGAGGAAGAGAAGCCAGGGCAGGAAGAGGAUGUGGUGAUGCCAGGACCAGGCAAGAGAAAGAAAGACCAGGCUGAGGAAGAGCCCAAAGGAAUGCCAGUCCGCAGCCUCCGACGGACCAAACCUGACCACGAGUCCGCAGCCCCCAAAGUGCUCUUCACAGGAGUGGUGGAUGCCCGGGGAGAGCAGGCAGUGCUGACCCUCGGAGGGAGUCUGGCCAGCUCAGUGGCAGAGGCAUCCCACCUGGUGACUGAUCGAAUCUGCCGGACAGUCAAGUUCCUGUGUGCCCUAGGGCGGGGGAUCCCUAUCCUCUCCCUGGACUGGCUGUACCAGUCCCUCAAGGCCGGUUGCUUCUUGUCCCCGGAUGAAUAUAUGGUGACUGAUCCCGAGCAGGAAAGGAACUUUGGCUUCAGCCUCCGUGAUUCCCUGAGCCGGGCUCGUGUGCAAAGGCUGCUAGAGGGCUAUGAGAUUCAUGUGACCCCCGGAGUCCAGCCACCACCACCUCAGAUGGGAGAGAUCAUCCGCUGCUGUGGAGGCACUGUCCUACCCAGCAUGCCCCGGUCCUACAAGCCUCGCAGAGUCGUGAUCACAUGCUCCCAGGACGCCCCGCGAUGCACCAUACCGUUUCAGGUUGGGCUGCCCGUCGUCUCACCUGAGUUCCUGCUGACAGGAGUGCUGAAGCAGGAAGCCAACCCAGACGCCUUUGUUCUCUCCACUUAA